UUUGUUAUUUGUUCCCAUCAGUUUCCAUUUGUUCCUUUCAUUGAUAAUCUAUUGGGAUUUAUACAUUGAGGAAGAAUUGUCAGUUGUGUUGCUGUAACAACAUUGAGUAAAAAAGAGAUAAAUCAUAAAGAAAAAGUAUUAUUAUGACCCGUAAAUGUGCAUUGUGCAAAGAGACCAAUUACAAGAAGAACAAUUGUAGUUUUUUCUCAGCACCUAAGGAUGCAGAAACGCGCAAAAAGUGGCAAAUAGCUCUUAAAACUUAUACUGUCACAGAUGACACAUAUGUAUGCAGCAGACAUUUUCACAAGAAUGAUAUUAUUACACAUUGGGUCAGUGGAGUACCACCGCAAGUGAUAAAGAUUAAAUACAAGAAAUGUCGAUUGCGUCCAGGAGCGGUACCAGGUAGAAAUUUGCAUUUAGUUAGUAACUUGCAAUCGGUAGAUAAAGAUACCUUGGAUAGAUGCAAAGUGGUUACUAAGAAUUUGUCUACAUUCAAAAAGAAACAAGCAUCGAAAGAAAAUAAGACUAUUUUGUCAUCUGAAAGCGAGAAUAAUCUGAAUGAUAAUGAAGACGUGUGUAUCAAAGCUACUAAUGUAUAUUAUCGCAUUCACUCCGAACCGCAAGAAGAAAGUGAUGAAUCUAAGAAUAUCAGAAUAUUGGGAGAUAUAAGUGUCUCUAGGCAUAGUUCACAGUUGAAGAAAUCAAGAUCUGUGAAGAAGGAACCGAUUGAAAUACUUGAAUAUAAUAAUAAUCCUGCUAAUGAAACAGUAGAAAGUAGCAUCAAGAAGUAUAAUUCUUCCAAGAAAUAUUCUGCACAUUUUUACCUCAAAAAUAAAGCUGUAAAUAAUGCUUUGAAGAUGAAUGACUUAAAAACGAUAAGUAAAAUUAACGAAAAUGAGAUAUUAUUUGAAGAUUUUCUUGAAGUGUACACUGAAGUAUCUAUACCACGUGGUUGGUCCUGUUUAGUGACAUCGAAAGGACAUGGCACUACAGUAGUAUAUCUUUAUAUGAGUGUAACGACGGAUGGAUUACCUUUUGUAGAGAAACAAGUUUUCAUAAAAAGUGACAUGAUAUUACGUUAUGCUGUAGCUAAUAGAGAAAUCGAUCCACUCAUGCACAAUCUUGUGACAGAAAGGAAAUUUACCAAAGUGAGAAAUUUAGUGGAUGUAGAAAUACUUAUUGACGAGUUUAAUCAACGAGUGGUUUGUCAAGGUAUAUACAAUCCUGUGGACCAUGAAGACAUCGAUAUAAUUAAAGUUGUACACAAAGAUGGAAUCAAAUGGCGACAUAUUUUUUGUCCAUUGAUCAUGAAUAACGAUUCAUCAAGAUGUACAAAAUGCACUAUAUUGUCUCGCAUGUUACUGCUACAAAAAUCUUGAAAAUAAUUCCUUUCACAUUAGGAUUUUAAAUUUAAGUCGACUGAAAAAUAUACAGGGUGAUUCGUAAAUGCACAGCGAUACUUUAUAAACCUAAACCUAAACGACUUAGAAAUAAACUUUGAAUCGAUAUAACUAAGAAACGUAUUUAGUCCUCAAGUAUAAGAGACAAUUUUUUAUGACUUAGAUAUUUAUCAAAGAAUUGUAUUAUUAGUAUAAGUAAACGUUAGGUCAAAAUGUAUUUUGGCAUAAAUUAUAGCGAAAGGCAAAUGCUAUAAAUAUUUUUUUCAACUUGUAACUUGAAGAAUUCAAUUAGAAAUAUAUAAUACAUUUUUUUUAUACUUUGGAUUUUU